UUUGUGCGAGAAAGUUGUGCGUUUAACAAAAUCAAAAAAUGAAAGGUUUAAAAUUUAUAAAAACAAUUUUUGGUGACAAAAAAGAAAUAAUUUGUGUUACAUUUGACGGAGAUAACAAUUACCAAUUGUUCCUAGAUGAAGUUCGUAAAAGCUACAGUUUAAGAGAUGUUAAUGUAGACGUACUCUCUAAAGGUUUCAAAAUAAACCCAAGCCAUUUUUCGGAUUUUGUUAAACAGUUUAUUGGAUCUACUGAUUUUGUUCUAGACAUUAAGCUAUCAAGUGUUGACGUUUGUGUAUCCAAUACGGACUCUGCAUUUGAAAGUGAAUCUAUAGAUUCGCCAUCAGCAGAACAUUUCGCAGCUGCUCAUCAAGCAAUAUCCUGCAUUGGAGAAGAGACAUUUUUAAAUUCCUCCCAAGACAUAAUUGUUUUGACCAGUGUGGACAAUUUGCAAAGUCUUCCAUCAAAGCAGACUCAAAGCUUGCACUUUCCUUAA